GUCGAGAAGCAUCGUUUCCCUGGUUUGGAAACUUUACUUAAACAACGCCGCGGCCGAUCAUUGCCACGUUUGAACAUCCCGAGCGAAUCAGUCUGACAAGCAACUGUACCAUCCAUCCAUCAUGCAGGCCAUGUGGAAGGGCCUCCUGUUGGCGUGCCUCGUGGCGCUGCCAGGAGGCAUGGCUGCGUCGUCGUCGUCCUCGUCCUCCUCCUCGACCUCUGUUCUUUCGUUGAUGCCAGACUGUGCUUUGCAAUGUCUCGCAACAGCCCUAGCCGACUCGCCCUGCACGGCAACGAACACAACUUGCAUGUGUACCAACGAAGCUCUACAAACACAAAUGACGAUAUGCGUCUCGUCAAACUGCACCGUCAAGGAGUCACUCACGACCAAGAACCUAACCAUGACGAACUGCGGCGCCCCCAUCCGAGACAAGUCGGGCGAAUACAUCGUGCUCUGCAACACAUUUGCAAUCAUCGCCGGCCUCUUGAUCAUCCAGCGCUUCAUCUUUAAGAUCUACCUGAAGAUCCCCCUCGGCCUCGAUGACUGGUUCAUCCUGAUCACGGGCAUCUGCGCGGCGCCGAGUCAGACCAUCAACAUAUACGGCACCGUGGCCAACGGGUUGGGGCGCGACAUCUGGACGAUACCAUUCGACCAAAUCACAAAGUUUGGAAUGUACUUCCACGUCAUGGCGGUCCUGUACUUUGCGCAGAUCCCGUUGCUGAAGCUCUCGCUGCUCUUCUUCUACUUGCGCAUCUUCCCGACCAAGGGGGUGCGCAAGCUGCUCUGGGGAACCGUCAUCUUCAACGCCGUCUUCGCCGCCAUCUUUGUCAUCGUCGCCAUCUUCCAGUGCCAGCCCAUCAGCUAUUUCUGGACGAAGUGGGACGGCGAGCACAAAGGGCAGUGCGCCAACAUCAACAUUAUUAGUCUCUCCAAUGCCGCAAUCAGCAUCGUCGUCGACUUUUGGAUGUUGGCGGUUCCCUUGGCGCAGCUCAAGGGCCUCAACCUGGACUGGAAGAAGAAGGUCGGAGUGGGCAUGAUGUUCUGCGUCGGCACUUUUGUCACCGUUGUUAGCAUUCUUCGACUACAGUCCGUCGUCAAAUUCGGCGACACCCCAAACCCCACCUGGAACUACCUCGAUGUAUCUAAGUGGUCCACCGUCGAGAUCAGCGUGGGAAUCAUCUGCGCCUGUAUGCCGUCGCUCCGCCUCCUACUGGUCCGCCUCUUCCCCAAGAUCCUGGGAACGUCGCAGCGAUACUACGCCAACUACGCCAGCAACACCAACGGCCAAGUAAAAAGCCACAGCAGAAGCAGGCCACUGGGAACAAACGCAACGUCACAGGUGGAUGCAUCCCACCAGCGAACAGACUCCAGAGGCAUCACUUGCUCGCGCACGUAUGCUGUCGAGUAUGGUGACAAUGAUGAGACGCAGCUGGUCCACAUGAAGGACCUUGAUCGAGCAAGCUCCAGAUCUGCCGUUUCAAAUGUAUAACUAGACCAAUAGAAUAAUGAUAGAAUUUAUAGCUUCAAUGCCUUUACAUCUUAUCCGUUCCUUACUCCAACCCAACAUUGAGGAAGAAGGCGUACCAAGUCAAUCAUACUGUUGUAACACUAAUGAAGACUGACUUUCGGAUAAUGUAAAAUUUUCUGGCCUGAUCUAGGGAGUGCCGCAGCU